GUAGCCUCAUCCUUCUCCUUUUGUUCUUCAUAUAUGUUUUUGUGUCACAUUUAUAAAUACAUAUCCACAUUAAAGAAUCUCAUAAACCUAACCUCACUACCUAUCUCAACCUCAUUUCAUAUGGCACAAAUUAUCCCCAUCGAUCCUCUACCAUUUUCCAUCUAUGCCUCCGCCUCCGUCUCCGUCUCGUCUCCCGGGGGCUCGGAUUCCGACGAGACAAAGAACUCAACAUUAGCCCAAGAAAACACAAGGACAGACGGGAAAAAAGGCGGUGGUGGGGACAAAAAACACCCGACUUACCGCGGCGUGAGGAAGCGGAGCUGGGGCAAAUGGGUGAGCGAAAUCCGAGAGCCGAGGAAGAAGUCGAGAAUAUGGCUCGGGACAUAUCCCACGGCUGAGAUGGCGGCUCGGGCGCACGACGUAGCGGCUCUAGCCAUCAAAGGCCAAUCCGCGGUCUUGAAUUUCCCCGGCUUGGCUCACGAGCUGCCCCGCCCGGCUUCUUCCGUGGCUAAGGACAUCCAAGCCGCGGCUGCGAAAGCCGCCUCCUUGUCGUCCCUAGCCGAGCCGAGCCUGAUAAGCUGUCAUUCCUCCACGGAUUUGGCUUCGGACGACGCUGUGAAGUCGGCUUCCACGGCUCACUAUGACGAGGACGACGCAUUUUUCGACUUGCCGGAUUUGUCCCUGUCUAGCUCUUCGUGGCGGCUUACCGGAGCCGAUAUUGGAAUAUUCCGGCUUGAAGAGCCGUUUUUGUGGGAGUGUGACUACAAGUAAUUAUUUAACUAUUUCAAUUUCUUUUUCUUUUCUCAUUUUACAAAUUUGAGUUUGAUGAAUUGGGAAAAGAAAGAACAAACUCGAAUAUAUGAUACAAUGAAUGUACCACAAUUGUUGCGUAAUUAUGAAUGCAUAUAGUUUGAAAAUUGUGAUUAAUCACAAUAUGAAUGUAUAUGUUUCGUUAGAUUAAUUGAACUUUGAUUAUGAGUAAAGUAAACCGUACUUGUCUCUCAUUCAAUUCUUUGUUAUUAAUGGCAAAAAAAAAUUAGUGUUGCA